UGACAUGUCAUUUUGGCGCCGAAUAUUCCAAGUGUUUUGUCAUUCUGCAGCGCGGGAGUUGCUGUUUUUGUAUGUGUGUGUGUGGAUGUGGCAUCUUGUCCUGUAAUUUAACUAUUAGUCUAAGUUCAGUGUCGGGUGAAGGAAAGAGUUUGACGACAACAUGCAGCGGAGCAUCGCAUCCUUUUUUCAGCCCAAGAGCAAGGACAAGGAUAUUCAGAAAAAAAACAGUGACGAACCAGUGAAAAAGCCGGUCAAAAGCCCUCUCAAGGUGCAGAACGGGGUCCAGGAAGUCGAUUCGCCCGUCAAGAAGGUCGCCAAGCGCAGCCGUCAAAUCCUGGACAGCGAUGACGAUGAGGCACCGGUCGUUAAAGAGCAAGUCGCUACCAAGGGACAAGUAGACAAAGGAGCCCCCGGUAAAAAAGAAAAGGAUGACGUGUUUAAGGCGGUUCCCACCCCUCUAUCUCCUCCGCCUGCCCCGGUCACCCCCGUGACUCCAGCCACUCCGGCUACCCCGGCCUCUUCAGCUUCACCGGGGACCCCCGGGACCCCCAACUCCAUCUCCCCCUCCGGAAUCGCCAAACGCAAGACCGCGAGGAAGAUGUUCCCCAAGAGGAAGCUUGAUGAGAGCAGGAGCGGCAGCGAGAGUCAGAAAGAGGAGACCGAGGCCAAAGAGGAGCAGGGUCAGCAAAACAAACGACCCCGUGUGGAGACCGGCGCCGACGCCGCAGGGAACGCCGGUGAACCCAUGGAGGAGGGAGCAAAGGAAGAAAGAGUUGAUAAGGCGGUGACCGAAGCUAACAGCGCAGACGAGGAGGUGGAGAAGAAGAAGAAGAAGAAAGAGGCAGGAGAGAAGGCCAACAAGGAGGAGCGGGCGGAGAGAAAGAGCUCUGAUGAGAAAGGAGAGAAAGCUGAGGGGGCGGAAAAGAAAAACGAAGCAAAAGGGAAGACGGAUGAUGAAAAAGGGCCCGCCGUUUCCAAGGAGGAGGUGGUUGAAAAGGACACGCGAGAGGGAGAAGAGAGCCCAAAAAGUCAAACGGCGAAGAAGCAGAAAGAAGCAAAAGGGCAGAAAGAUAAGGAGCCGGCCAAGAAAGCUCCCAUCAGCAGUUUCUUUGCUCCCAGAAAAGCUGCAGUGAAGACAGAGAAACCAGAAAAGGAUGAAGGAGAGAAAAAGAUGAGUGCAGAGAGGAAAAGUUCAGCGGAGGAGAGCAAAGACACAAAAGGUGAGUCAUCGUCAGGACAGACAGACUACGACCCGUCCAGGUCCAGCUACCAUCCUGUGGACCACGCCUGUUGGAAGCAGGGCCAGAAAGUGCCGUACUUGGCGGUGGCUCGCACCUUUGAGAAGAUUGAAGAGGACUCUGGCAGACUGAGAAACAUCGAGACGCUGUCGAACCUAUUUCGCUCCGUGCUGCUGCUCUCACCAGACGACCUGCUGUGCUGCGUGUACCUGUGUUUGAACCAGCUGGGUCCUGCCUACCUAGGGAUGGAGCUCGGCAUCGGAGAGACGGUGCUGAUGAAAGCUGUUGCUCAAGCAACUGGGCGACAAUUGGACAAAAUCAAGGCAGAGGCACAAGAGAAAGGAGAUUUGGGCCUAGUGGCUGAGAGUUCCCGUAGCAACCAGCGCAUGAUGUUCCAACCGGCCAGUCUGACAGCAGGGGGUGUGUUCAGGAAAUUGAAGGAAAUUGCCAGCAUGAGUGGGAACUCGGCCAUGAAUAAGAAAAUCGACAUCAUCAAAGGCCUCUUUGUGGCAUGCCGCUUUUCCGAGGCCCGCUAUAUAGUCAGGUCCCUCGCUGGGAAGCUGAGGAUAGGACUGGCUGAGCAGAGUGUCCUUUCAGCAUUAAGCCAAGCUGUGUGCCUGACACCACCCGGUCAAGGUUUCCCUCCCGCUGUGAUCGACGCAGGGAAGGGGAUGAGCGCCGAGAGCAGGCGGGCUUGGAUUGAACAAAAGAGUCUCAUUCUCAAACAGACUUACUGCGAGAUGCCCAAUUACGAUGUCCUCAUCCCCGUUCUGCUAAAAGAGGGCAUAGACCAGUUGCCCAAUCACUGCAAGCUCACUCCAGGUGUACCGCUGAGACCUAUGUUGGCUCACCCCACCAAGGGGGUCGGAGAGGUGAUGAAGAGGUUCGACGAGGCAGCGUUCACCUGCGAGUACAAAUACGACGGAGAGCGUGCGCAGAUUCACAUUCUGGAGAGCGGUGAGGUUAGAAUAUUCAGCCGCAACCAAGAAGACAACACCAGCAAAUACCCCGAUAUCAUCUCUCGCAUUCCCAAGAUGAAGAAGGACUCGGUGGUGUCCUGCGUCCUGGACACCGAGGCGGUGGCCUGGGACCGUGAGAAGAAACAGAUCCAACCCUUCCAGGUCCUCACCACCCGUAAGAGGAAGGAUGUGGAUGCCUCAGAGAUCAAAGUCCAAGUGUGUGUGUACGCCUUUGACCUCCUCUAUCUCAACGGCGAGUCCCUGGUGCGACAGCCGUUGUGUCGGCGUCGGGCUCUGCUGAAAGAAAGCUUCUCAGAGGUGGAGGGAGAGUUUGUGUUCGCCCGAUCCAUCGACUCCGACAACACCGACACCAUCGCUGAGUUCCUGGAGCAGUCGGUCCGAGACUCCUGCGAAGGCUUGAUGGUGAAGACUCUGGAGAAGGACGCCACCUAUGAAAUUGCCAAGCGCUCUCAUAACUGGCUCAAGCUGAAAAAGGACUACCUGGAGGGUGUGGGCGACACAAUGGACCUGUGUGUGAUCGGCGCCUACCUGGGAAAAGGCAAGAGGACGGGAACAUACGGAGGCUUCCUGCUGGCCUGCUAUGAUGACGAGAACGAGGAGUUCCAGUCUGUCUGCAAGAUCGGGACAGGCUUCAAGGAUGAAGAUCUGGAGCAGCAUUACAAGUUCUUAAAGGAGCACAUUCUGCCCAAGCCACGUGCCUACUACCGCAUCGACCAAUCAGCGGAGCCCGACGUGUGGCUGGACGCCGUGCAGGUCUGGGAAGUGAAGUGCGCCGACCUGUCGCUGUCGCCCAUCUACAAGGCUGCCAUGGGAUUGGUGGAUUCAGAAAAGGGCAUUUCUCUGAGGUUCCCCCGUUUCCUCCGGAUCAGAGACGACAAGAAGCCAGAAGACGCCACGACCGGAGCUCAGAUUGCUGAUUUGUACAAGAAGCAGCAGCAGAUUCAGAAUCAGGGGGAGAAAGCUGACCCGGAGGACUACUACUGAUCAGCCAGAAGUGAUCAGCAGAGAAUAAUAAAUAAUGGCAAAUUCAAUGUAAUUGUAAAUAGUGUCUUUCUUUUUGUAAUGUUGAAUGAAAAUAAAGGCUCUCGCCAGUUUUAAACAUCC